CAACGUCCAUAUAUUACUCCAACACACAGUAUACAGCAGCAGCAGCAGCAGCAGAAGAAAAAGACAUAUUGCUAAAAGUUUUAAAAUCGUGAUUUUCUAACUAAACCAAGAAAGAAAGAUGCAGUCGCUGCAGGAGAAGGCGGCGGAAUGGAGUGGGGUGGACGCUGAGGACGCCUUUGCUAUCGACGGCACCAAUCUUUAUGAGAAGCUCGGCCUCCAGACUUUCAUCAACCUCUCCACCAACUUCUAUGAGAGGGUAUAUGCUGAUGAGGAAGAGUGGUUUAGGUCAAUAUUUUCAAAGUCAAAGAAGGAAGAUGCCAUUCAAAAUCAGUAUGAGUUCUUUGUGCAAAGAAUGGGAGGGCCUCCUCUUUACUCUCAGAGAAAAGGCCAUCCUGCUUUGAUUGGACGCCAUCGUCCAUUUCCAGUCACCCAUCGAGCUGCUGAGAGGUGGUUAAACCACAUGCAACAAGCCUUGGACGCAACUUCAGAUAUUGACUUGGAUUCUAAGACUAAAAUGCUGAACUUUUUCAGGUGAAUAUGCCUACUGUAUAUGAAUUGUAUCAUAGUUAAUUACCAAAUAAUCAUUCCAGGCACACUGCAUUCUUUCUCGUCGCUGGAGAUGAGUUGAAGAAUCAGAAUCAAGCAGCUCCUUGCAAGAAUUGCAAGCAUCCAGGCAAACACGGUGCAGUGUAACUUCAUGAUGACAAGAUUGAUUGUUACACUAAUCAAAAUUGAAGUGUGUACGUGGUUUACACGAAAUAGAUCCAUAAAACAUUACUGUCAUCAAUGAAAUCUUGAAUAUUGAUAAUUCCAUUUGCAGGGGAUUGAUACUUCCCUUUUAUGUAUAGCACUACGAACUGAAAUCUUAUAAUUCGCAUUGCGUUGGAUGGAUGCUUUCCAUGCAAGGCAUACUAAUGCUCCCAGCACAUGCUUUAAUCCCUUACUUUGGAAUCGCAAUUGAAGGUUUCAUUAA